GCGGUGGCAAAAACGGUUACGGAAAGUUCACCGCUCUACGGAACCGAAGUCCUGGCACCAAAGCGAUGAUCGCGGUCGGUGGCUGGAACGAGGGAUCCAACAAGUUCUCCCAGGUGGUCAGCAAUCCCGGAACACGUGCUCGAUUCGUUCAGAAUGUGGUCGACUUUCUACGAAAAUACAACUUCGACGGUUUCGACGUUGACUGGGAGUACCCGAACCAGCGGGGUGGUCAGCCAUCCGACAAGCAGAACUUCGUGAAUCUUCUCAGAGAACUGAAAAGUGCUUUCAGCCCACACGGUUAUAUCCUCAGUGUGGCGGUAGCCGCGGUCGCAUCAUCCGCCUCGCAAUCGUACAACAUCAGAGAUGUGGCGGAACAGGUCGACUUCGUUAAUCUGAUGGCCUACGAUAUGAACGGCUCCUGGAACAGCUUCACCGGCGAGAACGCACCUCUGUACUCCAAUGAUCCGAACAAUGUUAACGCUGCUGUCCGCUACUGGCUCUCGCAAGGCGCGUCACCCAACAAGCUGAUACUCGGUAUCCCUUCGUACGGUAGAUCAUUCACUCUGGCUAACGCUGGUAACAACGGUAUAGGCGCUCCUGCCGUUGGUCCUGGAACCGUUGGACCGUACACCAGAGAGGCUGGCAUGCUCGGUUACAACGAGAUCUGUGAGAAACUCCGCCAAGGUGGCUGGACUAUUAACAGGGAUGGUCAGCAACUCGUGCCUUACAUGGUCCAAGGCAACCAAUGGGUUGGAUACGACGAUGUCCAGUCGAUCCGCGAGAAAGCGAAAUACAUAAACUCCCUUAAUCUCGGCGGUGCUAUGUUGUGGAGCAUCGAAACCGAUGACUUCCGUGGUGUCUGCGGACAGAGGUAUCCUCUGUUGAGCGUUCUGAACAGCGCUCUGAACGGUGGCGCAGCACCAGCCCCUGCUCCUGUCCCGAAUCCUACACCCACCAGUGCUCCCCAACCACCGCCACAACCACCAUCUGGAUCCGUGUGCAACAAGGAAGGAUACGUUCGCGACCCCAAAGAUUGCAGUACAUUCUAUUAUUGCCGUAAUGUGAACGGUCAAUACCAGGCCAGCAAGUUCAGCUGUCCGGCCGGAACCGCCUUUGACACAACGAUCGAGACUUGCAACUACCGUCAAAACGUGCCGGGCUUGUUACACAACCCGGAUGACAUUAAGGUUAAUUUACCAAGUAAUUCGGGAACACGUGCUCGAUUCGUUCAGAAUGUCGUCGAUUUUCUCCGAAGAUACAACUUCGACGGUUUGGACGUUGACUGGGAGUACCCGAACCAACGGGGCGGUGUGCCAUCCGACAAGCAGAAUUUCGUGAAUCUUCUCAAAGAACUCAAAAGUGCUUUCAGACCACGCGGUUAUAUCCUCAGUGUGGCGGUAGCAGCGGUCGCAUCGUCCGCCUCACAGUCGUACAAUAUCAGAGACGUGGCGGAACAGGUCGACUUCGUCAAUCUGAUGACCUAUGAUAUGAACGGCUCCUGGAACAGCGUCAUUGGCCAGAAUGCACCUCUGUACUCUUCGGACGGGAACAAUGUUCACGAUGCUGUCCGCCACUGGCUCUCGCAAGGCGCGUCACCCAACAAGCUGAUACUCGGUAUCCCUACAUACGGAAGAUCCUUCACUCUGGCGAACGCUGGUAACUGCAAUAUAGGCGCUCGUGCCAGUGGCCCUGGAGCCGUUGGACCGUACACCAAGGAGGCUGGCAUGCUCGGUUACAACGAGAUCUGCGAGAAACUCCGCCAAGGUGGCUGGACUGUUAGCAGGGAUGCUCAGCAACUUGUACCUUAUAUGUACCAAGGUAACCAAUGGGUCGGAUACGACGAUGUCCAGUCGGUCCGCGAGAAAGCGAAAUACAUCAACUCCUAUCAUCUCGGCGGUGGCAUGAUAUGGAGUCUUGAAACCGACGAUUUCCGUGGCGUCUGCGGACAGAAGUAUCCCCUUCUGAGAGCCCUGCAUAGCGUUCUGAACUAGAGAUAAAUCGAUACAAACAAAUUCAAAUACAUAAUUACUCGAUACUUUUGUUUUAAUACCAAGUACUUUUAGUGUCUAUAUGUAUCUAUUGUAACAAUAAUAUCAGUGUCCUUUCUUAAAGUGUCAGUAAUUGGGUCUUUUACAUAUCAAUGUAUUUACGCUUCACCGCCCGUUUCUUCCAAAGAGAAAAUACUGAAAGAGACGUCAUUUCACGCAAAUCCACGUGGGGUCGAGUAUCUUUCUUUUGGAUUACUAAUUGUAAGACAAUUACACGACAGCUGCCUCUGUAUAAACAGUCGUCUUUCCUUGCCGAGAAUGGUUCGAUGAUUUAAAUGAUUAAAAAUGGUUUCGAUUAAACGGAA